CUGAGAGUAAAACUUCGAGUACUUAAGCCAGGGUUCAGAUUCCAUGUCCCGCUUCCUCAUCCGCAUAUAGUGCACCUCCUCACACACACUCUCUCUCUCUCUCAAAUGUUUCGCAGAGUUCUCUGCAAUUCUCUCCAACUCCAUCCCCAAAUCCAAAUCCAAAUCCUUCGCCCAAAACCAUUCAAACCCGUGUCUCCAAUCCAAAACCUCAAACCCAUUUCGCCAUUUUCAGAAACUCGCCGGUUCUCCUCUCAAAUGAGCGAUGCCCGAAGACCCAUUUCGGUUCCCAUUCCGGAUGUCGAGAAAGCCGACCCCACUGAGCUUUUACGUGCUUUGGAGACCUCGCUUGGGUUGGGUUUCAGUCCCUACCCAUUAUGGCCCAACCCAAACCCGCUCAUCAUCGUUGUGAGCGGACCUAGUGGUGUGGGCAAGGACGCAGUGAUCAAGAAACUGAGGGAAACCCGCCAAGGUCUACACUUCGUGGUCACGGCGACAAGCCGAGAUAUGAGACCCGGUGAGGUUCAUGGGAAAGAUUACUACUUUGUGAGCAAAGAUGAGUUUUUGGGUAUGGUGGAAAGGGAUGAGUUUUUGGAGUAUGCUCUCGUCUAUGGUGAUUACAAGGGUAUUCCUAAGCAGCAAAUAAGAGAGUUCAUGGCUAAAGGUUAUGAUAUUGUGCUGAGAGUUGAUAUUCAGGGUGCUGAGACUUUGAGGGGGAUUUUUGGGCAGUCUGCGGUUUUCGUGUUUGUGAUGGCCGAGAGUGAAGUGAAGCUUGUGGAGAGGUUGAUUGGUAGGAAGACUGAGACUAAAGAAGCGCUUCUUGUGAGAGUUGCUACGGCUAGGGAGGAGAUCAAGCAUGUUAAGAAUUUUGAUUAUGUGGUUGUGAAUGCUGAAGGGAAGUUGGAUAAUGCGGUUAAGUUGAUGGAGUCCAUUAUUGAUGCUGAGAAAGCUAAGGUCCGGCAGAGGAAUGUUGUGAUAUGAUUUGGUUCAUUGGAGGUGAACAUGGCUGCAAGAAGAAGAAACUGCGAGCUGAGGUUUUUGUACCCCUUUUCCAAAUUAUGUGUGAAAACAACCAUUAACGACACAUGUUUUUGCUUCUGGUAUUCUUUUAGUCAUUAGACGCCAUGGAAACAGAUUUGUUGUCUACAUUGUAAAUCUCCCAGUCAUACAGUUGAUGAUAUUGAAAUGGACAUCAUAGAGAUUAGAGAAUUGCACACUGAUCCUUCUUGUGUUGAAAGCUACUUCAGGCUCAUAUGUAGAAGUUCAUACUGAUAUUCUUUGGAGUCUAUAUUAGGGUGUUAGCAAUUUUAAGGGAAUUAGUUUUCACUUUUUGUUUGAUAUCAUAAUGAAAUAGCUUGUUACUUUUUCUACAAGGUACCUAGAUGCUUCUUGAUGAAUGUUGAAACAUUACUUGCCUUGCCCUGUUAGAA